AUGUUUUUCUACAUCUCCUUCCUCCGUCCCCCUCCUUGCCAAGCAGCGCCCUACAGUAACAUAGUUAUUGCGCCUCAAAUAGCCAAUGACUUGCGCACGGAGUCAUUCGAAGACUCACAAGACAUAUUCUACCUCUGGUCUCAAGAACACCCACCCCAAAAAAUCCCAAACGCGACAAGGAAUUCAGAUCCAAUAAUCACAACGUCACCUCGUAAACUGACUACAUGGCGACAAGCUAACGCGUAUAAAGAGAUUCCUGUGCCUAUGCCACCGAAUGUGCGCGAAGGACAGUACUGGCGGCUUUUGUUGACUGGGACACCGGCGAACGCUCAAAAGGUGCUGGAGAUCGAUAUGGCGGACGGUGGUGUCGGGAGGCAUCCGUUUCCUGUUAUGUCUAUGCCCAUUUUGUUCACGGCGCGGUGUGGGAAGGGAGCACAGAAGCAGGAACACGUCGAGAGGGUGUAUAGGUUCCCAAGAGCAGAAUCAGAUGAUGGUAAUCUGCCCAUGGAUUUAAAAAUCACGGAGCAGACCUCGUUUGACCUCGAUAAGAAAAUCUGGGAUAGUGGGAUUGGAUUAAGCUCUUGGUUGGUUGGCCUUUACAAUCGUACCGAUUCAGAUUCGGAUAGUGCCGCCGUCAGACAGAUGAGGGACGCUUUGUUUUCCUCUGAACGUCGUAAAAUUCUGGAACUAGGCGAGUGUCGAGCUCAUUUCGUCGUCAAAUUAAUCCAACUCUGCGUUCUAGGAGCGGGAACGGGCCUUGUUGCGAUUACGAUUGCAGCAUUACGAUCUGCAAGUAAUCCCGCUGAUAACAUCAUCGCCACCGACGUUUCGUCUGCAAUGCCUCUCCUCGAACAAAACAUCUCAAAUAAUCAGCACACAUUUAUGACAUCUCCAAAAGCCGUCGUACUAGACUGGGACGACAAAGACCUCCCAGAAGAUGUCACCGGCCUCGAAGACGGGCUUGACGCCAUUGUGAUGGCCGACGUCACAUACAACACCGCGUCAUUUCCCUCGCUCAUUCGGACUCUCGAUAAGCUAUUGCGCUUGGGCUCUAAACCGCCUGCGAUCCUGUUGGGAUACAAGGAGAGAGACGCAGCUGAAAGGACGUUAUGGGAUAUGGCAGCUGAAAUUGGGGUAGAGUUUGAGAAAGUUGGCGAGAGAGUGGGAGCUGGCGGUGCCCCUGUUGAGAUUUGGAUAGGACAUCUGCAAGAGUAG